GCGGACGGUGUUGUUGUGUCGCAGAGGAACGUUUGAGCUCCCGGAGAAACGAUGUCUGCGGUUCAGCAUCUGCGGGUGUUUGUGACGGAGCGUCUGAGCGCCGCCGCGGAGGAAAUCUGCAGAGUGUUUGAAAAAACCAUCCUGCAGUACGAGGAGGAGCUCCGGAGACAGCGGGACGGACCGCAGGACAGGCCCGUGAGCUGGACGGCAGACCCGGCAGACCUUCCAAACCAAGAUGUCUGCAAGGAGGAAGAGAAGGUUCUCGCUGACGAGGCGCUCUGUAAGCAGAAGGGGACCUCCAGUCUGGACCAGGAGAAAGCAGAACCUGUGCAGGUUAAGAAGGAACAGGAGGAGUUCUACACUGGUCAGGAGGGAGAGCAGCUUGUCCUGAAGGAGGAGAGCGAUACAAUUAUGGUGACUCUUACUUAUGAUGAAAGUGACCUCAGUGAACCUCAGCACAAGCGUGUGGACUCAGGAUCUCCGAGAAAUCCAGAGCCGCAGCCAGAGGAGCUGCAUCAAAGUGACAGCAGUCCGGGUAAGACUGUGAUGUCAGAGAGUCAGAGUAAAAGUGACGCAGGGAAAAAGUCUGUAAAAUGUGACGUUUGUGGAAAAGCCUUUAAGUAUAAUUUCCAAAUGAAGAAACAUUACAGAAUCCACACGGGCGAGAAGCCGUACGCCUGCAGCACUUGUGGAAAAAGAUUCUAUCAGAUUUAUUUUAUGAAAUAUCACGAAAGAAAUCACACGGGUGAGAAGUCACACCUUUGUAUCACCUGUGGGAAAAGAUUCACUGACCUGUCAGCACUUAAAAGGCACACGUCCAUCCACACGGGCGAGAAGCCGUAUUCCUGCGAGACCUGCGGGAAAAGUUUCAGGCACAGUGCGACUCUUCUGGUUCACAUGAGAACCCACACAGGUGAGAAGCCGUACCUUUGUAACACCUGUGGGAAAAGAUUUACCAACUUAUCAGCAUUUAAGAAACACGCAGCGAUCCACACAGGUGAGAAACCGUACUCCUGCAAAAUCUGUGGGAAAAGCUUCACUCAGAGUGGGAAUUUGACUGUUCACAUGAGAACGCACACGGGGGAAAAGUGGUAUUCCUGUGAAACCUGUGGGAAAAGCUUCAGUCGCAGCAGUAAUUUGACCGUUCACAUGAGAACGCACACAGGCGAGAAGCCUUACCACUGCAACACGUGUGGGGAACGGUUUAAAUACGCAGCAACGCUGAAAAACCACAUGGGAACCCACGCAGCUGAGACGGCGCACGCGUGUAAGUCCUGUGGUAAAGGCACCGGGGGGGGCGACAACUUUCUAGUCACUAUGGGAACACACACAGGUGAGACGUCAGGGUCCUGAAACCCCUGUGGGGAAAGAUUAUAAUCCAGGAAGCCCAAUCUGAAGGUGCUCAUUGUAGUUUCACUGAGGCCAUCAUCAGAAGGUGAAGAAAGAACCACUGUGUGUUCUGCUGAAGUGAUCUCGACUGCAGCUUACAUCAGGCUGGGCUGGACUUUCAUGUAAUACCACUUUGUACCACAAGAUGGUGCAACGAGCCAGUGUAACCUUUAUUUACCACGGACCGCUCCCUGCAACAGCGUGAGUGAAAUUAUUGUAAUAAUCCUAUGUUAGCUCUCAGAAACCAUUUGAAUAUUUCCAAGGGGACAAAUUGUUGUGUAAUUACGGUAAUGCAAAGUGCGCUUGGCUAAUCGUGUCAGCAGCAAUACGCUGGGAGAAGCAGGCUAUUAAAGGGUUAAAAACACUUUAUUUUUAGUGGCUUUGUACAAAAGACAACAGUGCAGCAGCCAACAGAAACACUGGGUCACAUUCAGAGGUUUUACUCUUGAUUUCUGAGUUUGACUUUCAGGAAGUCACAAACAGAAACUUUAAAAACUUCUUUGAAGCUUCUUUGGAUCAUUUUUCUUUCAGCAUUUUGUGAACAGCAGAUAAUUUCAUUGUCACAAAGCAUUUUAAUGUCCUCACAGAAGAGCAAAGUCAGAACAUCUCUGUCCUUGGGCUCUGCUAACAGCCACCAAAUGUUUGGUUCAGGGCUGCAGAGUCGUCCAUGUCGUGUUUUCCGGUGAUGCCACGUUUAGAAGCUGCUGGUUGUGAUCAGGGAACAUCUGGCUCAUUAGUUAGUGAAGUGCAGCUGUUAAAAAUAAAAAUCUCCAUUCAGACUUUUUUCUUCCAAACUCGGUGGCACAGCUUGUUGUGUCUCCAGGUAAAAACACCUGUCAGCCUUGAGUGAUGCAGUGUGAGCUGCUCUGGGUGCACAUCUGCACUCUUCAUCCUCCUCCUCCUUCCUCUGCGCUCGCUGAGCGUCUGCAUGACUCACAGAUGCUGAGCUUUGACGUUUGCCCUGCUGGAGUCAGUUAUUGAUUGUGUUCUUGCAUCAUGUAGGUGGACGUUUAGCAACACUGAACCAGCUGGAAUCAAUAAUCUUCAUGUUUUUACCCUCGUCUCAGCUCUCCUCUGCUGUACCAUCGAAUGCAGGGCGCCUGUCCCAGCCUGUGAGGCAGAGAGAUGAGAGUGAGCUUACAGGAAAGCCAGAACCUUCUGUCUGUGAGUGCUAACCACUGCAGCACGGUGCUCCCAGCUAUCAGAUCUGUUUAGCUGAAUAAUUGAGUUACUUUCUAGUUAGUCAGCAUUUCAAGCAGAAACUUCUCCCACACAGACGUCUCUCCGCUGACUGAGCAGUUUAUGACAGACGGGAUGUUCUCGCUGUUCCUGGACCUCAUUUUUAUUUAUCUGGAGAUCCGCUCGACCUUUGUGACGUCUCUCCUGCAUUUACAGCAGAUCUCACAGCGCUGCACAUCUGACGCCUGGCAGCGAGCAGCACGCAGACAGCAAACAGCUUCUGGGUGCUUUACUCACACCUCCUGACAGGAAUAGCAUAUUACAUCGUACCAGGUACCAGCAAGAGAAAUUGUGUAUUUUAGGACAAAAAUAGUCACAUAAACUUCCAUCUUUUUUAAUAUUCAAGAAUCAGGACCAUCCUAUUAUUGGUGUUAGUCAGCCGACACUAAACCCGGGCUGUCGGAUCAUCUCCGGUAAACGAGUCUGUUCAGAACCAGCAGCGCUGUCAGACUUAAAGUGCCUUCAGACCUCCACAGUGAAGAUGUGAGGUGGUUGUGUAUCACACUGAAUACAGCCUGAACCAUGAGAGAAUGACCUCAUUUAUUUAAAGUGGAGUUUUUAUUGAACAUUCUGCAGCUGAUGUGGUGGAGACGUCUCACAAACAUCAUGAACUCAAAGAGGUUUUAAUGGUUUUCAGUCACUUCUGUGUUUGAGAACUGAAGCAUCAGUGUUACUUAGUUUAAUAAAUAUAAUCAUUAAUAUCAGUGUAACCCCCACAUUUUUUUUUAAGGAAGUACUUUGAAAACUCAUUAAUUUUAAGCUGUCAGGAUAGAAAUCAUCCUGUUUGCAGUGAUUCUUCUGUCUAAAAUAAUUAAAGGUUUAUUGUACAGUAACAUCUGGAAGUGACAGAUCUGAGCAGUAAUCAGCUGUUUGAGGUGUUUUUUCAUGAGCUUUAUAAACAACUGAAUUCAUAUAUUGUGUCAUAUUUGAUAAAACUGCAUCUUUUUAUAUUUUAAAAAAUAAACA